UGUUCGAGUUGAACUGCGAGUGUGCUUUACGACUGAACAAGAUCAGUGACGUGUAUAGUUUCAGGAUUCAUUUGGUCAUCCGUAAGUGCGGCGCGUGCAUCAGGUAGUCGGAACAUCGACCGACACAUUGUUGUCAAGAUGGCGUCGAAAGGAAAGCUAGCGACCGAGCAUGGCCGCUCAGACUCGUACAGGGUCGCAACGCUACCGAAAAUACGCGACGACAACAAAACAGCCGACGGGAUGUACAAGUCGCGGCGGAAGAAUCCAAAGCGGAGAACGGACAAUUUAGAGGACCUGAAGCAGGAGCUGGACAUUGACUUCCACAAAAUUACACCCGAGGAACUGUAUCAAAGAUUUCAGACGCACCCCGAAAACGGCCUCAGCCAUGCGAAGGCAAAAGAGAAUUUAGAAAGGGACGGUCCAAACUCGCUGACCCCACCGAAACAAACGCCCGAAUGGGUCAAAUUCUGUAAAAAUCUGUUCGGUGGUUUCGCGUUACUGUUGUGGAUCGGCGCGAUCCUCUGCUUUAUCGCGUACUCGAUUCAAGCAACGACCAGCGAGGAUCCAAAUGACGACAAUCUGUACCUGGGUAUCGUGUUAGCGGCGGUGGUCAUAGUUACAGGCAUAUUCUCGUAUUACCAGGAGAGUAAAUCCAGCAAGAUCAUGGAAUCGUUCAAGAACAUGGUACCACAGAUCGCGACUGUAAUUAGGGAAGGCGAGAAACUGACAUUGAAAGCGGAAGAACUGGUACUUGGAGACGUCGUGGAUGUUAAAUUCGGCGAUCGUAUCCCGGCCGAUAUCCGUAUCAUCGAAUCGAGGGGCUUCAAGGUGGACAACAGCUCUCUGACCGGUGAAUCCGAGCCGCAGUCCAGGUCUCCAGAGUUCACGAACGAAAAUCCAUUAGAAACGAAAAAUCUUGCUUUCUUCUCGACGAAUGCCGUUGAAGGAACCGCAAAGGGUGUUGUGAUCUGCUGUGGUGAUCAAACUGUAAUGGGAAGGAUUGCUGGUUUAGCGUCCGGCCUUGACACCGGCGAAACUCCGAUCGCUAAGGAGAUCCACCAUUUCAUCCAUCUGAUCACUGGCGUAGCUGUAUUCCUUGGUAUUACGUUCUUCCUUAUCGCCUUCAUCCUUGGUUACCAUUGGCUCGACGCUGUUAUCUUCUUGAUUGGUAUUAUUGUGGCUAACGUACCGGAGGGUUUGCUAGCGACCGUGACCGUGUGCUUGACGUUGACCGCCAAACGUAUGGCGUCGAAGAAUUGCUUGGUUAAGAACUUGGAGGCAGUGGAAACCCUGGGCUCGACAUCGACCAUCUGCUCGGACAAGACUGGCACACUCACGCAGAAUCGUAUGACCGUUGCUCACAUGUGGUUCGACAAUCAGAUCAUCGAAGCUGACACGACGGAGGAUCAGUCUGGACUUCAAUACGAUCGUACCAGCCCUGGAUUCAAAGCUCUGGCGAAAAUUGCUACUCUGUGCAACCGUGCCGAAUUCAAAGGUGGCCAGGAAGACAAGCCUAUCCUGAAGAGAGAGGUGAACGGCGAUGCUUCGGAAGCUGCUCUGUUGAAAUGUAUGGAACUUGCUCUUGGUGACGUUAUGGGCAUUAGGAAACGCAACAAGAAAGUCUGCGAGAUUCCAUUCAACUCUACCAACAAGUAUCAAGUUUCUAUCCACGAAUCCGACAACCCAGACGAUCCUCGACAUCUUCUCGUGAUGAAGGGUGCGCCAGAAAGAAUUCUUGAUCGUUGCUCGACUAUCUUUAUCGGUGGUAAGGAAAAGGUACUCGACGAAGAGAUGAAGGAGGCUUUCAACAACGCUUACUUGGAGCUUGGUGGCCUUGGUGAACGUGUACUCGGUUUCUGCGACUUCAUACUGCCGUCCGACAAAUUCCCGAUCGGCUUCAAGUUCAAUUGCGACGACCCCAACUUCCCGGUUGAUGGACUCCGCUUCGUGGGCCUGAUGUCUAUGAUCGACCCGCCCAGGGCUGCGGUGCCCGACGCGGUCGCCAAGUGCCGUUCCGCCGGCAUCAAGGUCAUCAUGGUAACCGGUGACCAUCCGAUCACUGCCAAAGCCAUUGCCAAAUCUGUCGGCAUCAUCUCUGAAGGUAACGAGACCGUCGAGGACAUUGCUCAACGGCUGAAUAUCCCGGUAUCCGAAGUCAAUCCUCGCGAGGCUAAAGCCGCCGUUAUCCACGGAACCGAACUCAGGGAACUGAACUCCGACCAACUGGACGAGAUUCUCAGGUACCACACCGAAAUUGUGUUCGCCCGUACCUCGCCACAGCAGAAGCUCAUCAUCGUCGAAGGCUGCCAACGAAUGGGUGCUAUCGUCGCUGUAACUGGUGAUGGUGUGAACGAUUCUCCUGCGUUGAAGAAGGCCGACAUUGGUGUAGCCAUGGGUAUCGCUGGUUCUGACGUGUCCAAGCAAGCAGCCGACAUGAUUCUGCUCGAUGACAACUUCGCCUCGAUCGUGACCGGUGUCGAGGAGGGUCGACUGAUCUUCGACAACCUGAAGAAAUCCAUCGCGUACACCCUCACCUCGAACAUCCCCGAGAUCUCACCUUUCCUGGCGUUCAUCCUUUGCGACAUUCCUCUGCCUCUUGGUACCGUCACUAUUCUCUGCAUCGACUUGGGAACGGACAUGGUGCCAGCCAUAUCCUUGGCGUACGAGCAUGCAGAAUCGGAUAUCAUGAAGAGAAGGCCUCGUGAUCCUUAUCGAGACAACCUCGUCAACGAAAGGCUUAUUUCGAUGGCGUAUGGUCAGAUCGGUAUGAUCCAGGCAGCCGCCGGCUUCUUCGUCUACUUCGUAAUUAUGGCUGAGAACGGAUUCCUGCCGCUGCAUCUUUUCGGUAUUCGAAAACAAUGGGACUCCAAGGCUAUCAAUGAUCUUCGUGACAGCUAUGGCCAGGAAUGGACAUACAGGGAUCGUAAGACACUGGAAUUCACCUGCCACACAGCAUUCUUCGUUUCGAUCGUUAUCGUGCAGUGGGCCGAUCUGAUCGUUUGUAAGACGCGACGUAAUUCCAUCAUCCACCAGGGAAUGAGAAACUGGGCCCUGAACUUUGGUUUAAUAUUCGAGACCGCCCUCGCCGCGUUCCUAAGCUACACACCCGGCAUGGACAAGGGUCUCCGCAUGUUCCCCCUCAAAUUCGUUUGGUGGCUGCCCGCAAUUCCCUUCAUGUUCGCCAUCUUCAUCUACGACGAGACGAGACGAUUCUACCUCCGCCGGAAUCCAGGAGGCUGGCUCGAGCAAGAAACUUACUAUUAAAUGCGAAGAAAAAUUUAAUCAUACACGCAGAGCGCGCGCGCAAGAGUUACAAGAGCGAGAGAUGCAGAGAGAAUGAUGAGAGAAAGAGAGAGUGAGAUAUGCAUAUUACCCACGCAGAUAUACACCGAGAAACUAAUAACUAAAAAAAUGAGCAAAAAAAAAUAUACGAAACAAAACCAAAAAAACAAAAAAACAUGAAACAACCAAACAAUGGGAAAAAAAGAUGAAAACGUUAAAAAUCACUCACGUUAAAUACACACACACACAUAUUUUACCCAUGGGGCGUGCUAUUCGGGUCUAACCGUACUGUCGCGUGAUGAUGAUAUUAUUUUAGAUGGGGACAAUUCGCAUCAGCCGAGCCGAAUCGUCGAACGAACCAUAGCCAUAGUCAUUACAAUAUAGAGUGUCUUGCUGUUGUUUUACUGAACAAACAAUAAAAAGCGCUUCUCGCGUGGGAGUAGAUAAGUGGCUUGCGAGCACUCUCGUUAGAUGGUGUGUGAAGUACAAAACAAGAACGAAAUACGAAGUGGAAGAUAGAAAAGGGAGAAGAAAAAAAGAAGAAGUUAUAUGAGAAAAAUAAGAAGAAGAAAACGUUCGUCGUUCUGGCUCUGCGAGUUGCUUGCACGCGCGUGCCGGUGUAUCAUUAAACAGAGAGUUCGUCGUUCGAGAAACAUCGAAGGAAUCGACGAAGAAACAAUAAAGGGUUCUACGAGCAACGUCGUCGGGAAGACUUCAAACUUCCGGGUACACACACGUCUGAUAUGAUUCACGAGGUUUAUAGGGAUUAGUGCUGCCAUCUGAUCAUCGACGAACGUAUGAUAAAGAAGAAGUACAUAAACAGUAGGGCCUAAGACACGAGAAUAUGAAGAAAGAGAAGAAAAACGGCGUCGAAUGGAGUCAUCGAGGAAAAAAGAGACUGUAUGAAAAGUACAAGCCCGGCAGUGGACACCCGUGUAUCUUUUUGGAAACGGAGGGAUACUGAAAAUGGCGACAAAUCGUCGGAUAACGCGCACGUCCGUAUGAACGUCGACGGGUGUACGACAUGGAUGAAUCUUUUAGAGAAAAAAAAAAAGCGGAUAACUUAGCAUCGAUGGAGCAUUCCGUUAGAUGUCUUGUGAUAUCAGAGAAAAAAAUAUUCAUAUAGGCAUCCCUUUAAGUAAAGGAGCAAAAGAACACUGCGCUAGAUUGGCACGCCCUUGUUAAGAGUUUAAAAAAAAAGAAUUAAAAAAUGCAAUGUAGUCACGAUUUAAAAAAAAAUAAAUAAAUAAGAGCGGUAUUAUAAAUGUUAUACUGAUGCAGAAGUUUAAGAAUCGAUAACGAGAAUAUAUCAUUCGCAGUCGACACACACGAAAUAAAAACGUAUUUACAGAUAGACGUCUCGUGACACCUACAGUCUUACAUAGAAACUUCUUAAUUGUUAAUUAAAGAAAAAAAAAUAACAAUGAAACGAGAAAAUCAGUACGCUAGAUUGGCACGCCCUAAAAGUUAUUCAUAACGCGACAGAGAGGGAGUGAGAGAGAAUGAGAGAGAGAGCAUAAUAAAAAGAACAUUAAAGAAAUUUAAAAAAUGACAAAAAAAAA